AUUGAGCAUAUACAAAACGUUAAAAAUAAUUCAUUUUAUACUAUAGGUCAAUGCAAUAGUAUUUGUUGUAGCAUUGCAAUUCAAAAAGUUUGAAUAAUUUACCGUUUCUGUUGAAAAGUUGACAAAACGGCGACAUUGGGGAUUUUCCGCAAAAUAUAAAAAGUCCAGUUUAAAUUUUUAUCAUCGAUAGGUUAGAUUAAAAAUAAAUAAAUGCAGUCAAGCAGAAUAGCAAGGGCAGAUGUUUGUCCCACAUUACAGACACACCCAUAAAACUGCCCAGGGCGACCGACAGUCAACAAUAGACGAGCUUGUGUGUGUGUGUGUGGGUGGGGGGGUGUACUGCGCUGCACGACCCCUGCAGGAAUUCUGCCCCCCAAACUUCUCCGCAGGACACACUACGCUGCGCUGCUCCUGCACUUUGGAUUUCCUUCCUCAUGAGCAUCCAGGACGCAGCAGAACCCAAGCGGAUCAACAACCUCGCCUCCAGUUUCUCGGGGAUGGCACUGAGAGGAUCCAGGACGGGAUUUUACCGGCAGGACCUCAACAGAACCGUGUGGGAAGUCCCGGAAAGGUACCGAGACCUGAGACAAAUUGGGACGGGCGCUUAUGGAACGGUCUGUUCAGCGUGGGACCGUCGGACCAGCUCGCAGGUGGCCAUCAAAAAGCUCCACCGGCCCUUCCAGUCCAAACUUUUCGCCAAAAGGGCCUACAGGGAGCUCCGACUCCUCAAACACAUGAAGCAUGAAAAUGUGAUCGGCCUGCUCGAUGUUUUCGCAGCGGAAAUUUCCCUCGACCACAUUCGAGACUUCUACUUGGUCAUGCCCUUCAUGGGCACUGACCUGGGCAAACUAAUGAAGAUGGAGAGACUGUCGGAGGACAGAGUUCAGUUCCUCGUCUACCAGAUGAUGAAGGGACUCAAGUAUAUCCACUCUGCAGGGAUCAUCCACAGGGACCUAAAACCAGGAAAUCUAGCCAUCAACCCGGACUGUGAAUUGAAGAUUCUCGACUUUGGCCUGGCGAGGCAGGCCGACGCGGAAAUGACGGGCUAUGUGGUGACGCGCUGGUACAGAGCCCCCGAGGUCAUUCUCAACUGGAUGCACUACACGCAAGCAGUGGAUAUCUGGUCCGCUGGUUGUAUUAUGGCUGAGAUGCUGCUUGGGAAGCCGCUGUUCAAGGGCAACGAUCACCUGGACCAGCUCAAAGAAAUCAUGAAGAUCACCGGAACGCCGGCUGCUGAUUUUGUGGUGAAACUACAAAGCCAAGAUGCCAAAAACUACCUCAGAGGUUUGUCAAAGGUUCCCAAAAAGGAUCUGCACUCUAUUUUCUUCAAAGCCAGCUCGCACGCCGUGUCCGUGCUGGAAAAGACACUGCUCCUCGACCCCGAGGAGCGAGUCAGCGCCUCGGACGCCCUGGACUUUCCCUUCUUCGCCGACUUCCGCGACACUGAGGAGGAGACUGAGGCGCAACCGUACGACCAAACCAUGGACAAUACGGACCUGACGCUAGAACAGUGGAAACGACACACAGUCACGGAGAUAUUGACCUUCAGGCCCCAGAAGGACGGCAAAGAAACGUCACUUUAAAGUCAGGCGAGGUACACAACUCACCUAUGGACAAUUUAGAGUUUUGGAAAUGUUGUUUUUGAAGCAUAGUUAACAU